CAACAUAUCCCUUCAGUCUCAGCGGCUUGUUUUCAAGAUGGCUGCGCCCGGUGAUAAAAGUCCUUCUUCCCCGGUAGCCUCGGCAUCGCCUUUUGCAGGUUUCCCGUUCUCGAUCCCGGGCGCCGCUACCGGGGAACCGGCAGAUAAACAGGCUGAAAAAACCGGCGAGCAGAAAAAGAAGCCGUGCCGGGCGUGCAUGGAUUUCAAAUCCUGGAUCAAACAGCAGAGGAAACAGACACCCACACUGGAGAGCCAGCUUGAGGAGAAACAGGAGAGGCCUGUGGAAUGCCCCUUAGACCGGGAAGAGCUGGGCAGGAGCACCUGGUCUUUCCUGCACACGAUGGCAGCGUAUUACCCCGACAGGCCCACUGGCGCGCAGCAGCAGGACAUGAAGCAGUUUGUCAACUUGUUUUCAAAGUUCUUUCCCUGCGACGAGUGUGCUGAGGACUUGCGAGCGAGGUUAAAAUCAAAUCAACCAGACACCACCAGCCGAAACAGUUUCUCCCAGUGGAUGUGCCGCCUUCAUAACGAUGUCAACGUGCGCAUCGGCAAACCAGAGUUCGACUGUGCCAAGGUGGAUGAGCGGUGGAGGGACGGCUGGAAGGACGGGUCUUGCGAUUAGCAUGGAGGGAAUUGCCAGCACGCAACCCCAGACCUUUAUUUAAGACCCUGAAAUGACAAAGGUGUACGUUUUUAAAAUGUAAAUCUUAGACGUAUUUGUCUGAUCAAAGUUUCCCGGAGGUUUGUGAUGUGUUUAUAUCUGGAAUUAUUGUCACAUGUGAAACAACUUAUUUGAUCCUUUCUGUAUGUCUAGACAGUAAUUACUUAAUGCAGGAACUUAAGGAUGCUUAUCUCUCUUAGAAGCUUUCGAUCAAGAGCAUUAUUUUUUUCAAACCUUUUUGAGUGGGUCUUUAAAAACGGGACUGAAGGAAUAUGCUUGAAUAACUUCCAAGCUUUUUUGUUGUAAAAUAUAACUAAUAUAUAUAGUGUGUGUUUAAUGACUUUAUUAAUGGGAUGUCAUUUUACUGUUGAAAAUGUGUUUUCAUGCAUCGCUGUUCAAAGGUGUGCAGUGUGGACCUGUACUGCAGGCAGUGGUUGCAUAUGAAGAUACACCUUUAUUCCAGUGAUGAACAGGCAUUAGCAGGGAGUCCUGUGGAGUUUCUCUUGGUAAGAAUUAGAAUCGAGUAUCAGGGCCCAGGUAAAUGAAAAGCCCAGUUGUUUACAGGAAGGAUAUUUUUGGCUGCAGUUGCAAUAAGGAAUUCAGAAGACUGCUUUAGGAUAGAAUCUGUUCCCAUGGCCAGCAGAGGGUGCAGUGGGGUUACUGUUCACACCUUGUGUAGAGUAUUUGGGUUAGGAGCGGAAUGGCUCGGUCAUGCCAGGCAGCUGGCAAAAAGAGUGAUGAUACUGGCUUGGCCAGUACUAUCAGAAGGCUACCUGAGAGCUGGUAAAAAUGAUUAGGUUACCGCUGUUAAACGUAGACCAGCUGGUCGUAGUGUUUUUCAGACUUGCUAAUGAGGUAGUCAGGUUUUUCAGUCAACCCAGGAUUUCUUGCAAAGUUCGCGUUCUUCCUGGUCCCAGUGUGAUUGUAGUGAUGAUGAUGAUUACAUGUGAAUUGUCAAUUGAGGAACUGAGAGAGUGAUUAUUCAUGAUUUUAAAUGUACUGUAUAAUAAAUCGGACGCUGAACAACAUCAGUUUGAGCAUUUCUAUUUUAUUAUGGGUGGGUACGUACUCUGUUCCUGGAAGAAUUUGAGCUUUAUUCACCGCCUACACCCGUUUUUUUUUUUUUUUUGCGGCCACAUUGGGUACCGGCAUCAGUACCACAAAUGAACGAGAUUGUCCUUGUUAGAGUUAUAUUAGGUUUAUAUUGUUAGUGUUAUAGAGUUACUGUUAGAUUGUUAUAGCGUUAGUGUUUUUAUUGUUAGUAUUAGAUUAGGACCUAAUGCAGAAAUGCAGUUGGAUUCUGGGGGAUUUUUCAUUGUUAUCAAUUCUACUUAAAAGCUGACGCAUGAUUACCCUGUAGUGACUGAAUAUUAAAUACUCAAGUAAAUAAAACGUCAACAAAUUAUGUGACCUGAGAGU